AUGCGACACCCUUCCCCCCGCCCCCUCGACACCUCCAUCAACCUCCCAACUUCCCGUCCCCGAGCCGCGGAGGCCAAAGCGAUCGCGGUACGUGGCGGAACGGGCACCAAACUAGGAGCCAGGGCGGCGGGCAGGCGCGGGCCCGCGCGGUACUCACCGCCGGGCCCCGCCAGCUCCACGUCCGACCUGCGGGCACUUCCGGGCGAAGCUCCGCAGUUCGCUCUCUCCAAUUCGGCGGCCAUCCGGGCGGAGAUCCAACGCUUCGAGUCUGUGCAUCCCAAUAUCUACGCCAUCUACGACCUGAUCGAGCGCAUCGAGGACUUGGCUCUGCAGAACCAGAUCCGGGAGCACGUCAUCUCCAUCGAGGACUCAUUUGUGAACAGCCAGGAGUGGACCCUGAGCCGUUCUGUGCCGGAGCUGAAAGUGGGCAUUGUAGGGAACCUGUCCAGUGGGAAGUCAGCCCUGGUGCACCGCUAUCUGACCGGGACCUAUGUCCAGGAGGAGUCCCCUGAGGGGGGCCGGUUUAAGAAGGAGAUUGUGGUGGAUGGUCAAAGCUACCUGCUGCUUAUCCGAGAUGAAGGAGGGCCUCCCGAGCUCCAGUUUGCUGCCUGGGUGGACGCCGUGGUGUUUGUGUUCAGCCUGGAAGACGAGAUCAGUUUCCAGACGGUCUACAACUACUUCCUUCGGCUCUGCAGCUUCCGCAACGCCAGUGAGGUGCCCAUGGUGUUGGUGGGCACUCAAGAUGCCAUCAGUGCUGCGAACCCCCGAGUUAUUGAUGACAGCAGGGCCCGGAAACUCUCUACAGAUCUGAAGCGCUGCACCUACUACGAGACGUGCGCGACCUACGGGCUCAACGUGGAGCGGGUCUUCCAGGACGUGGCCCAGAAGGUCGUGGCCUUGCGGAAGAAGCAGCAACUGGCCAUCGGACCCUGCAAGUCCUUGCCAAACUCACCCAGCCACUCCGCAGUGUCCACUGCCUCCAUCCCAGCUGUGCACCUCAACCAGGCCACGAAUGGCGGCAGCAGCGCCUUCAGCGACUACUCAUCCUCAGUCCCCUCCACCCCCAGCAUCAGCCAGCGGGAGCUGCGCAUCGAGACCAUCGCUGCCUCCUCCACCCCCACACCCAUCCGCAAGCAGUCCAAGCGGCGCUCCAACAUCUUCACGUCCCGGAAGGGUGCCGAAGUGGACCGGGAGAGGAAGGCGGCCGAGUGCAAGGUGGACAGCAUUGGGAGUGGCCGGGCCAUCCCCAUCAAGCAGGGCAUCCUCCUGAAGCGCAGCGGCAAGUCCCUGAACAAGGAGUGGAAGAAGAAGUACGUGACCCUCUGCGACAACGGACUGCUCACCUACCACCCCAGCCUGCACGACUACAUGCAGAACAUCCACGGCAAAGAGAUCGACCUGCUUCGGACCACGGUCAAAGUACCCGGGAAGCGGCUGCCCCGCGCCGCCCCAGCCACGGCGCCCGGCACCAGCCCCCGGGCCAGCGGGCUGGAGCGCAGCAGCACCCAGCUGGGCGGGGGCUCAGGUGCUCCCCACUCGGCCAGCAGCACGUGCCUGCACUCCGACCGCCCCCUCGGCAGCUCGGCCCUGGCAGGCCCGCGCCCAGAAGGGCUGCCCCAGCGCUCCUGCUCCGUCUCCAGUGCAGACCAGUGGAGUGAGGCCACUGCCCUGCCCCUGGGCACCCCGCACCCUGCCGGUGGCCCCACUGAGAUCCUCAGCUCCAGCCCCAAGCUGGAGCCCCCCCCAUCUCCCCACUCCAACCGGAAGAAGCACCGGCGGAAAAAGAGCACUGGCACCCCCCGCCAAGAUGGCCCCACCAGCGCCACCGAAGCUUUUAGCGUAGCGGGGCCCAGCAGUUCAGGGGGCCCGCCCCCAUGCGUGGCCAGGGAGACCGGCAGAGUUCGGAGGCUGUGCCUGAAGGCGAGCCUGGUGGACUGUGGUUGCAGGGAGGAGAAGGAACAGUGGAUUCGGGCCAAGUAUGAGCAGAGGCUCUUCCUGGCACCCCUGCCAGGCUCCGAUGUGCCCCUGGGGCAGCAGCUGCUGCGGGCCGUGGUGGAGGAUGACCUGCGGCUGCUGGUGACCCUGCUAGCCCAUGGGUCCAAGGAGGAGGUGAACGAGACGUACGGGGAUGGGGAUGGGCGCACUGCGCUGCACCUCUCCAGCGCCAUGGCAAACGUGGUCUUCACCCAGCUGCUCAUCUGGUACGGGGUAGAUGUGAGGAGCCAGGAUGCCCGGGGCCUGACUCCCCUGGCUUACGCCCGCCGGGCCGGCAGCCAGGAGUGCGCAGACAUCCUGCUCCAGCACGGCUGCCCCGGGGAGGGCUGCGGCUUAGCACCCACCCCCAGCCGAGAACCCACCGGCGGCACCCACGCCUCUGCCGAGCUGCACCGCAGCCCCAGCCUUCUAUGAGGCCCAGGAAGAGGCCCUGGGGCCAGAGGACUGUUCAGCUUAGCCGCCCCCACCUGCCUCUUUGCAGGCUCUGGGAAGACAGGGCCGCAGAGGCGAGAGCUGGAGACGUGAGAAGGACGGAGGGAACUGGGGACUGAGGCAAAGAGGAGAGGGAGAUAAGAGGGGGAGAGAGCGGGUCUGGGGGAGCUUUGGGAUUCAGGUUGCAGCUGGCAGCGGGAGGGGAGGCACUUGGCCCUCAGCCCUGUAGGUGCUAUGGAAAAGGGCCGGGGCCCUGUCGGGGUUACCUGUGAGGAGAGAGGAGCAGGACCUCUCCUCUCCUCCAGAUAGCCCACCUUUAGCGCCAGUUCCCUGUUCAUCCUGAAGCAGAAAAGGGGCCCUGUUGGGGAGCUGCUGGGGAGAAGAGAGACAGGAGUGAUCUCUUAAGUCCCAUGUAAAAUUGUAUAUUGGAAUAUUUAUGUUGUGUACAUAUUUGUGUGUGUGUGUGUGUGUGUAUGUAUGAUGAGCCAAUAAACCAGGCUGUGUGUA